CCAGCGGCCGGGGAGGUUCUAGUGUGUUCUUCUUCACGGCAGCCGCCCCCUUCUACGCGAUCACGCUGAGCCAGCGCCCGGGCCUGGGAUCCGCUGUAGCCUCCUUGGCGUCGCCCUCCGCCUCCUGACCAUGGACCCCCGCAAAGUUAGCGAGCUUCGCGCCUUCGUGAAAAUGUGUAAGCAGGACCCGAGCGUCCUGCACACCGAGGAAAUGCGCUUCCUGAGGGAGUGGGUGGAGAGCAUGGGAGGUAAAGUACCACCUGCUACUCAGAAAACUAAAUCAGAAGAAAAUAUCAAGGAAGAAAAAACAGAUAAUAAGAAGAUGGAGGAGGAAAACAUAAAGACAGAUGAACCAUCAAGUGAGGAAAGUGAUCUAGAAAUUGAUAAUGAAGGUGUGAUUGAACCAGACACUGAUGCUCCUCAAGAAAUGGGAGAUGAAAAUGCAGAGAUAACAGAGGAGAUGAUGGAUGAAGCAAAUGAGAAGAAAGUGGCUGCCAUUGAAGCUCUUAAUGAUGGUGAACUACAGAAAGCCAUUGACUUAUUCACGGAUGCUAUCAAGUUGAAUCCUCGUUUGGCCAUUCUGUAUGCCAAAAGAGCCAGUGUCUUCAUCAAAUUACAGAAGCCAAAUGCUGCCAUCCGAGACUGUGACAGAGCCAUUGAAAUAAACCCUGAUUCAGCUCAGCCUUACAAGUGGCGAGGGAAAGCACACAGGCCCAGAAAAUUGCAGAACAUCGGCGAAAGUAUGAACGAAAACGUGAAGAGCGAGAGAUCAAAGAAAGACUAGAAAGGGUUAAGAAGGCUCGGGAAGAGCAUGAGAGGGCCCAAAGGGAGGAAGAAGCCAGACGACAGUCGGGAGCUCAGUAUGGUUCUUUUCCAG